AUGGGGCUGCUGGGAAUCACUACUCCUGUUUUUAUUAUUUUUGUUAUUUGCCUGGUUUUCCUUUGGGUGUGGAAAGAAGGUCGCAAAUGGGGACGGCUACCACCGGGCCCAACUCCCCUUCCCAUCAUUGGGAAUCUGAUGCAGCUAAACCUGAAGGACGUCCCUGCAUCUCUCUGCGAGUUAGCCAAAGAGUACGGCCCUGUUUACACGUUGUACCUUGGACCCACACCCAUUGUGGUCUUACAUGGAUAUGAGGUGGUGAAGGAAGCUCUGAUCGAUCAGGGUGAUGAAUUCCUUGGCAGAGGACCUAUUCCAAUUAUCUCAGAUUUCCAAAAAGGACAUGGAAUCCUUUUCAGCAAUGGAGAGACGUGGAAGCAGAUGCGACGCUUUUCCCUCAUGACCCUGAGGAACUUCGGGAUGGGGAAGAGGGACACCGAGGAGAGGGUCCAGGAGGAAGCUCAGUGCCUGGUGGAGGAGCUCAGAAAAACAGAGGCUCAGCCUUUUGACCCUACUUCCAUCCUUUCACUUGCUGUCUGCAAUGUAAUCUGCUCCACCCUCUUCAACGAGCGUUUCCAGUAUGACGAUGAGGAGUUACUUUACCUGAUGAGUUUGUUAAAUGAAAAUUCUAAGAAAUUAAGCUCUGUAUGGAUUCAGAUGUACAAUCUGUGGCCAAAUCUUAUAAAGCAUCUCCCUGGAAACCACAGAUCAUUUUCCAAAAGGAUGACAAAUGUUAAAAAUUUCAUUCUGGGAAAAGUGAAGGAGCAUCAGGAAUCCCUGGAUCAAAAUAACCCUCGAGACUACAUCGAUUGUUUUCUCAGCAAGAUGGAGCAGGAGAAACACAACCCCAUGUCUGAAUUUGACUUGGAGAACUUGGCCACCUGUGGAUCCAACUUGUUUGUGGCAGGAACAGAGACCACCAGUUCCACCCUGAGGUUUGGGCUCCUGCUCCUCAUGAAACAUCCAGAGGUGGAAGCCAAAGUUCAUGAAGAAAUUGACAGUGUGAUUGGACACAACCAGAGGCCCUCCUUGAAGGACAAGAUGAAGAUGCCUUACACAGAGGCUGUGUUGAAUGAGAUACAAAGAUAUGUCUCCCUCCUUCCUUCUAAUUUACCACAUGCUGUGACUAAGGAUACGAAAUUCAGACAAUAUGUCCUCCCCAAGGGCACCACGGUUUUUCCAUUGUUGUCUUCCAUCUUGUAUGACUGCAAGGAGUUCCCCAACCCAGAGAAGUUUGACCCAGGCCACUUUCUGGAUAAAAAUGGCAGGCUCAGGAAGACAGAUUACUUCGUACCCUUUUCCCUUGGAAAACGGGCCUGUGUGGGCGAGGGCCUGGCCCGCGUGGAGCUGUUCCUCUUCCUCACCACCAUUCUGCAAAACUUUUCCCUGAAGCCCCUGGUGGAGCCCAGCGAGCUAGAGACCAAACCCCUUGUAACUGGGUUUCUCAACAUUCCCCAGCCUUUCAAGCUGUGCCUUCUUCCUAGAUGA